AUGUAUCUCUCCGUCCGUCCGAAAGACGUUUAUAACUUCGACGAGACCGCGUUGUACCUGUCGGUCUUACCUCGCAAGACGGACGGGGAAGGGCGCGUGGCAGGUCGCAAGUUGGCGAAGGAGCGCCUCACUGUCGGGUUGCUCGUGAACGCGGAUGGCAGCCACGCAUUUCGGCCCUUGGUCAUCUCUAAGGCCAAGCGACCGCGGGAUUUUCUUCCGGACUACGACCCUGAGGAGCUAUGCUACUGGCGUCACAACAAAAAGGGAUGGAUGACGGCACCGCUCUUCACGCACUUCAUCGGCCAGCUGAACGCCGCAAUGGUGGCCGAGGACCGUUUCAUCGUCAUCCUGUUGGAUAAUGCAAGCAGUCACGCCCUCCGUAGCGACGACGCCACGUCGGAGGACAUGUUCGGCUUCCGCACCCGCAACUUCGGCAACAUUAGGCUGGUCUUCCUGCCGCCCAACACGACUGCCUUCACGCAGCCGCUUGACCAGGGACUGAUCGCCACGACGAAGGCGCGCUACCGCCAGCACUGGCUCCGUGCGGUCACGGCAUUGUGGACUGACAAUGGCGCCAUGCCCGUGAUGGCGCGCUACCGUCCGAACAUGCGCGACGUCAUCGCGUGGUUGUCGGACGCAUGGAUGAAUAUUCCCGUGCGCACGAUCCAGCGGUGCUGGUGGCGCACGGGGUGCAUGCCGCGCUCGUGGGCCAUGCAACUGGCGCAUGUCGGCCAGGACGGCCUUGCAGCAGUCGGCAACGGCGUGAACGCCGCGCUCCCCAUUGACCUCGACGAGGACAUUGGGGAUGUUGGCUUGCUGAUUGCUCGGCUCGGUCUCGGGACGAGCGCCAUGCCGGCCGCCGCCUUCGUCGCCCUCGACAAUGACCAGCCCACGUGCGCCGAGCCGGGCGAAGACCCGCUCGCUCUUGAGCCCGCGGCGGGGUAUUCGGACGCGUCGUGGGAGGCGCCGACAUCCAUGCAGGCCGUUUACGACGACGACAAUCCGGAGAGCCGCGAGGCGCGGCGCUAUGCCCGGGCGGCGAGCGAGAUGCUCAUUGGUUACGCGCGUGCCACCGGCAUUUCGCCGCGCAACCUGUGCGCGCUUUUCGAGAUUCGUAACCCCAUUAUCGUCGACCGCAUGGAGCGCGCAAGCCCCCCCCUGAACCUGAACCUGAACGCGACCCCGCCGCCCGCUCCCCAGCCUGCCGCGUCCCCUGCUGUCGAUCCUGCGCAGGCAACUGCGCAGGCACGCGCUCCUCGUCGUCGCGGGCGCGUUCUGCCUGCGUGGAUGUACGCGCCUGCUCCCACCCGCCAGCAGCUGAUCGACUCAGGCGUGAGUGCCGUCAUGAACGGCUAUGUUGAUGCUGCAGAGUGGAUGACUAUGUGA